AUGUCUUGCAAGCCAAAGAAAUUGGGCUGCAAAAUCAAAAUACCAAAAAUUGGUAUUGGCACUUGGAGGUUGCACGAUUCUAUGAAAACUGAAGCUGCCUUGUAUAAAGCCCUUGAAUUAGGAUACAGGCAUUUAGAUACAGCAUAUAUUUAUGGAAACGAAGUCUCAAUCGGAAAAGCCUUAAAACGAUGGUUCAAAAAAGGUCAUAGCCGAAAAGAAUUAUUUAUUACCUCAAAAUUGCCACCUUUUGGAUUACGAGACGAGGAUGUGUCAAGAUAUUUGUGUGAGACUCUCAAAAGAUUACAAUUGCAAUAUAUAGAUCUAUAUUUGGCACAUGUUCCUUUCGGAUUUUUUGCCUCCAAAUCAAUCACACUUGAUCAUCAAAAUGCAGGGAGUUGGAAUUGGCCAAGUUCUCUCAAUACCAAAAAUGCAAUAAAAUGGGACUAUGCAACAGAUCAUGUGGAAGUUUGGAAAGCAAUGGAACAAGAAGUCGACUUGAAAAGAACUCGACACAUUGGAUUAUCCAAUUUCAACAUUAGUCAGAUCGAAAAUGUCUUAAAACAUUGUCGAAUUAAACCAGCCUGUUUGCAGGUCGAAAUACAUCCUUAUUUACAACAGAAAAAGCUGUCAGUGUUUUGCCAUAAUAAUGAUAUUGUCCUGGUAGCCUACAGUCCUCUUGGAAGUAUGGGUAAUUCUGUAUCUGACGAUUUUGCCCCGGCGAUGUAUGAUACAACCGUGGAAGAUAUCGCCAGGGAAUUAGGAGUUACACCUGCACAGGUGGUUUUGGCAUACAUAAUGCAUUUGGGAGCGAUUCCAAUUCCACAAACAGAUGAUCCAAAUUAUCUCAAAGAUAAUUUUGGCUGCAGUUAA